AUGUCUGAUCUUCACCCACUCAACGGAGGCAACUUUGUCCACAACGACAAGCGUUGGAUCGAUGGCGGCUCCAUCAUGAAGCGCUUCUCCCUCGAGGGAAAGACUGCCAUCAUCACCGGUGCUGCCGCCGGUAUCGGCUGGGCCGUUGCUCAGGCCUACGCCGAGAUGGGUGCCAACAUUGCUCUCUGGUACUUUACCAACACCAAGGGACCUGAGCGUGCCGAGGAGCUCGCUAAGCAGUACAACAUUCAGUGCAAGGCCUACCAGGUUGAUGUUAGGGAUGCCGAGGCAGUUGAGAAGGCUGUCGACCAGUCUGUCCAGGACCUCAAUGGCCGUCUGGACAUCUUUGUCGCCAACGCCGGUAUCCCCUGGACCAAGGGCGCCAUGGUUGACGGCCCUGUCGACCACUACCGUGAUGUCGUCCAGACUGAUCUUGACGGCACUUACUACUCGGCCAGAGCCGCUGCUAAGCACUGGCGUCGCCAGAAGAACGAGGGUACCACCCUUACUGGCGAGCCCUUGACCAACUACACCUCGGGCAGCUUCGUUGCCACUGCUUCCAUGAGCGGCGGCAUCGUCAACAUCCCCCAGCUUCAGGCUGCCUAUAACGCUGCCAAGGCUGGUGUCAUUCACCUUGUCAAGAGUUUGGCUGUUGAGUGGGCUCAGUAUGCUCGCGCCAACGCCAUUUCUCCCGGCUACAUCAUGACCGAGAUCUCCAACUUUGUGCCCCAGGAGACCAAGCAGAUGUGGCACGACAAGAUUCCCCAGGGACGCGAGGGUGAGCCUCAUGAGCUUCAGGGCGCGUAUCUUUACCUUGCGUCUGACGCUUCCACCUACGCCACCGGUGCCAACUUUGUCAUCGACGGCGGUUACAGCGCCCCUUAA